CCGGGGUGGUGCGCAGGCGCAGCGCCGAGUGAUGUGGAGGCGGACAUUACGUGUCGCCACUGCAGCCUGGGCUCGGAGCCGGGGCCUGUUCACCAUGCAGCAGAUCGACACGCUGCACUUCCACACCCUCUUCACCGACGGCCUCAAGUGUAUUGCAGAAUUGUUCGAUAAAAACAACCACGAGUUGAGGAUAGCAGGCGGUGCUGUGAGGGACUUGCUAAGCGGGAAGCAGCCAGAAGAUGUGGACUUCGCCACCAUCGCCACCCCUGACCUCAUGAAAGAGUUGUUCCAGACUGCGGGCAUUCGGAUGAUCAACAACAAAGGGGAGAAGCAUGGCACCAUUACUGCAAGGGUGCAUAAUCAGAACUUUGAGAUUACUACAUUGCGAAUUGACGUUGCAACAGAUGGAAGGCACGCUGAAGUACAAUUCACAACAGAUUGGCAGACAGAUGCUGAACGCAGAGACCUUACCAUCAACUCAAUGUUUUUAGGCCUUGAUGGUACUUUGUAUGAUUAUUUCAAUGGCUACGAGGAUCUGAAAAACAAGAAAGUUCGAUUUGUAGGUGAUCCGUCACAGAGGAUACAAGAAGAUUAUUUGAGAAUAAUGCGAUAUUUUAGGUUUUAUGGCAAGAUUGCCAAAGAAUUGGGAGACCACGAUCCCAAGACGUUGAAGUCGAUCAAACAGCAUGCAAAAGGCAUGGCUGGAAUUUCUGGUGAAAGAAUCUGGUUUGAGCUGAAAAAAACCCUAGUUGGAAACCAUGUUGCUCACCUUGUCGGUCUAAUGUAUGAACUGGAUAUAGCUCAGUACAUAGGAUUGCCAGUCAUUGAAGGCAAUCUGGAAGAACUAAACAGGGUGUGCAAAAAUGUGGAACAUCACUCUCCGAAACCUAUGACUGCUCUGGCAGCACUUUUUCGAAUACAAGACGAUGUUCUACGACUUGACUUGAGGCUAAAAAUUUCAAAAGAGGAAAAGCAACUUGGCUUGUUCCUAGUUAAGUAUCGAAGAGACUUAAUAAAGGCCGAUGGUCCAGAUCCGCUGAGACCCUACAGAGAUUUUGUUAUAGAUUCCAGAGAACCGGAAAUGCAAAGCAAAGUGUGCGAAUUACUGAAGUACCAAGGAGAGGAGAAGUUACUGAAGGAAAUGGAGCAGUGGUCCAUACCACGCUUUCCUGUUAGUGGCCAUGAUCUGCGAAGAAUAGGAAUAAUUUCUGGAAAGGAAAUUGGAACAAUGCUACAGGAACUUAGGGAUACGUGGAAAAAAAGUGGUUACCUGAUGGAUAAGGAAGAACUACUAAGUAUUGUAAAAAGUCCUUAAACAGCUGUCCUAGACAUUCAGGCAUUGAAAACUUUUUUUUCGCUCAGUUUAUGUCGAACAUUGGUUACCAUCAACCAGUCUCUAAUUUAUAUAUGUGUGUAUAUAUGCUUAUUUCAUUGUAAAUUCAGUUUUGCGUUGCUUUCACAAUGACCACUAAUUUACACGCAUGUACAUUCUAAGUAACAUUUUGACUCAAAAUUGGAUG